AUGAACAACACAACUGAUUCAUCUGGGUUCCUUGGCUCCAGCAACGUAAGUGGCUUUGGCAUGGGCAUAGGAAUUUCAAUUGGGAUUCUUCUUCUUAUCACAACCAUCACACUCACUUCCUACUUCUGCACCAGGGGACAGGUGCCAACUGCUCCAAGGAGAAGAACUACCACCGGCCCAAGAUUCCUUGAGUCACAGCACACAGUAGUCGAUGUUGGGCUAGAUGAAGCCACAAUCAUGAACUACCCCAAGAUGCUGUACUCUGAAGCCAAGCUAAGCAAGUCAGAUUCCACAGCAACGAGCUGUUCCAUAUGUCUGGGAGAUUACAAAAGUUCUGAUUUACUAAGGGUAUUGCCCGAUUGUGAUCAUGUCUUUCACCUAAAGUGCAUAGACCCAUGGCUGAGGCUGCAUCCUACUUGUCCUCUCUGCAGAACAUCCCCUAUACCAACACCUCUCUCAACACCUCUGGCAGAAGUUGUCCCAUUAGCAACAAGGCGAGAUUAA